AUGCAGGCCCCUGCAUUGGUGGAGACAGCUUCUGGUAAAUGCAACCACAGUAAUGGAGGAAACUUCCUAAAAGAUAAACCUAAUACCAAGAAAGAAAAUUUAUCUUCCAAUGGUUGUAAUGAAGUCAUAUUGACUUUUCCUGAUGAUGACUAUGAUUCCUUGGCACUAGAACAAAGAUCUAAUGAUAAAGAAGUCAGCAAUAUUGACAAAUUAAAUUUAUUGGAGCCAUCUUUUUCAACGAGUCAAGAUACUAAUAUAGAAAGUACUCACUCUCAGUCAAGUGAAUUUGAAGACAGUAUUGACUAUGUUUUCUUGAAUGAAACAUACUCUAUACAUUAUUCAGAGUCAAAACUAAAGAAGGAAAAUCUUACUGAUUUAAAAUCAGAAUUUGAUCCUGAAAUGCAGAAAAGAGAGGAGGUGUUUCUUGAUGUUUUGGAACAUCAAGAUAAUAAGACUGUUGGCUUAGAAACAAUCUAUGAGAUUUCAGAUGCUGAUUAUAAAGAAACUACUGAAGAUAUGCAAAAGCACGAUACAGAUGAAGAUUCACAGCAGGAAUAUCAUAGUGUGGAAGAACAAGAAUAUAUAAGUAACCAUUUAUCUCUUGGCCAAACAAAAACGUUAAGUUUAUCUAAUCUGGAAGUUGUUGAAUUAAGAAAGUCAGGUUAUGAAGUUAAAUGUCCUAGCAGCCUAGAAGGUAAUCAUGUUAAGUUGGAAAGUGGUUCUGUCAUCUCUUUAGAUUCACUUGAUGUUUCUGGACAAGAAGAUUCACUUCAUGUCUCCAAAUUUCAGAAUUCUGUUAUGUUAAGAGAAUAUGAAAAGUGUGAGGAACAAGAGACUAAUUUAAUGUAUCACACAAUAUCUGAUGACAUUGUACCAAGAAGCAGUUCUUUGGGACACCAGGAAUCUCAAUCCAAGAGUAGUUUCUUGAACCUUAAAAAAGUGUUAAAAAGUAAAGUUUAUACUGAAAAAAUGAAAUCUCGAAUAACUGAAAGUAGAGAUUUUUGUGGAAAUACAAGUGUUGGGAACAAAAUAUUACAGCACUUUGAAAAUCCUAGCACAUUACCACGGGACAAAGCUUUAGAGACAUUACUCCAACCUUGUAAAGAUUGUCAGACUUCAUGGACCUCUAUUUUUGAUGAUUCAGUAAUUUCUGCUUAUGGACAUUCACAUUAUAAAAGCCUACAAAACACCCCUGACCCAACCUUAGAUUUUUCUGUUACACUACCAAAGACUGCAGUCAAAGAUGAUAAAGCAAUAGAAGAAGUAAACUCCCUAAAAGUUGCUAAUGGCAAUGCCACAAAUAAAACAUGCAUUCAUGAUACGGAAGGAAAAUGUCCUCAAUCAGUGACAGGUGCUGCAAGUUGCACAGUCACAAUUAAUCAGUCAGUGGAUGUUAGCACUGAUUUUAGGGCUUGUUUCACAACCAGCAGGGCAACAAGUGCAAUAUCUUCUGUAGUAUCUACAUCAAGUAACACAGAGAUAACAAUGAUGAAUAAAAAACAGCCCAGUAAAUGGCAAAGUGAGAAACAAAGAAGUGUGGCUUGUAAUACAGAUUGGUCAUACAGUCAAGAUUGUGUAGAUACACAGAUGGCUGUGACAGAAGGAUCAGGAAAAUCUCUCUCAGUUGACAGCUUGAAACCUUGUGGAAGUUUCCUAAAUAAGAAUUCCCUGGAAUUAAAACCAUUUGAUAUCACAGACUUAAAGAAACAUCCUGAGAGGGAAUUUCAACUUUCUCAAGAGUCGGAAAAGAAUUUGCCGUCAAUGUGCUGUCAGGAAAUAAUGCAGAGAGCCAUGAAAGCAGAGCUGCACCUUUUAAAUGUUCACUAUCAGAUGUGUCAUCGCCAUUGUUGUGAUAUUUAUAAACUUGUGAUGGGAAACAGGGAAGGAUUAAAUAGGAAUUUAUCAAGUAAUUCUGCUAAGAAGGAAUUAGGAUCAGCACUACUGUCUGUUUUGGGAGACUUAAAAGUUAGAUACGUGAGUUUGAAAGAAAAGAUACACAAAGGCAUGCAACUGGAAGAGCUGCCCCCACUAUCAAUAGAAUCAAAAGUAUUAUCUACCUUCUCUACUUUUGUUUCCAGGCUAAUGAAGGAAGAAUUGCAUGUCUUUUCAGGAGCAGAUUCUGAACUAGAUAAUCAAAGUGCGCCUGAUGUUGAUGUUUCUCCAAGCCUAAAAGAGACACUCUCUCAAAUGUCUUUAUUAUCUGACAAUAGUCACCCUAAACAAGAUACAUCACCCAAGAAAGAUGGUUUAAAAAGUGGUGAUAUAAACGAAGACUUUAGUCAACUGAAACUUGAUGAUAAAGACUGCGGAAAUUACCAAGAAGUAAAUGAAGGCUGGUUUGAUGCUAAAGAGAACCUGACAGGAGGUGACUUCUCAGGAAUACAAGAAAGUCAAGUAGAACAAGACAGAUGGAAUCCAAAUUUUACACUAGAAGUUAAGAAUGUUGAACCCUUACGAAGAGAUAAAGGUUAUUUGAUACAUGUUGGUGGUCUCUGUCCUACAGUAUCAGAGGAUGAUUUAAGGUCUCAUUUCCAGAAAUACCAAGUUUCUGAAAUUUCAAUUUAUGAUUCUUCUACUAAUUACAGAUAUGCAUCUCUUACUUUUAAAAACAACAGUGAUGCAAAAAUGGCUGUGAAAGAAAUGAAUGGUAUAGAAAUAAAUGGAAAGUCAGUAAAUGUGCGCCUUGUUAAAACUCCUGGAGAAUAUCCAUCACCACUUUCCUCCAAAAAUGGGAGUAGAGUAAGUUUGAAUAAUCUGGAGAAAAGCACCAGCAAAGAAAUCAACUCAGCCUCCUCUGUUUCUAGAUUGCCCAGAACUAGGCCAAGGCAGCUGGGAUCUGAGCAAGACAGUGAGUUUUUCCCUUUUGGCCAGAAGGGUAUAAAGAAGAAUUGUAAACAGAUUGAAUCUGCUAAAUUGUUACCUGAUACAUCUACUCAAUUCAUACCUCCUAAUACGCUAAACCUGCGUAGCUUUACCAAGAUCAUGAAUAGACUGGCAGAACUGCAUCCAGAAGUCAGCAGAGACCGUAUUAUAGAUGCUCUUCAGGAAGUGAGAAUAAAUCAUAAAGGUUUUCUGAAUGGCUUAGCUAUUAAUACUAUUGUGAAAAUGACUUCAUCUGUUCUGAAAAACUCAGCUUCCAGUUAG